AUGGAAGCGGGCGGCGGCAGCGAUGUGCCUUCAGCCAGCCAGGCAGGGGACGCGAAGACGGACGUUCCUGAGAAGGAAGACCUUCAUCUUUUGGCCGAUGAAAAAUUUGACUUUGAUCUUUCGUUGUCUUCUUCAAGUGCAAAUGAAGAUGAUGAAGUCUUUUUUGGACCUGUCGGACAUAAAGAAAGAUGUAUUGCUGCCAGCUUGGAGUUAAAUAAUCAAAUUCCCGAACAACCUGUCUUGCCAGCAUCUGAAAGUUGCGUUUCUUGGAGCCCUCUCGCUGGGGAGAAGUUUGUGGAAGUGUACAAAGAAGCGCACUUAUUGGCUCUGCGGAUCGAAAACAGCAACAGAAACACGGCGGCCCAAGCUGCCCAGCCCAAAGACCCCUGGAGCCAAGGCAUGGAACGAUUUGUACAGGAAUCAAAAUUAAAAAUAAGCCUCUUUGAGAAAGAAAAGGAAAUGAAGAAAAGCCCCAGAUCACUUAAAAGGGAGACAUAUUACCUGUCAGACAGCCCCUUGAUGGGACCGCCACUGUCAGGCAUGUGGCCCCCUGCGGGUGAGUCCCCGCUGCCGGACUCAUCCUUGGCCCCACUGAGUUCUCCCCGCCAGGCUGGCCUCGCCCAGACGCAGGGGCCGCACCCUUCUCGGCCUUUGCCAGAGGAAUCGAGUACUGCUCACCCUCCGAGUCAGGCAGUGACUCGGAGAAACAUCACCGGCAGGUUGCAGCUGCCCCGAGCUUCAUCUCUUAGAGGAAGACACGUCCACUUGGCCAUGGAGAAGCCCAAGAAAGAGGUGCCAGCUAGUCCUUCCGGGACGAAAAUCCCAAACGGAAAGGAAUGCCGCAGGGACGUGCUCCCUGACAGACCUGCUCUGGGUGCUGCUGGCCUGCCAGCCAGCGGAAGCCACUUGGUCCAAAGCAAGCGAUUGCUCCCUGUUCCAAACAAGUUGGGGCUGAAGAAGACCCUGUUAAAACCACCUGGCUGUGCUGGCAGUCUCGCAAGGAAGUCUUCCUCAGGGUCGGCGUCAAGUGGCGCGUCCAGCGUGUCUGCGUUGCCAGCGGUAGGCAAAGCUAAAUCAAGUGAAUUUGCAAGUUUGCCUGCAACUAGUUCCCAGCCUCUGUCAAACAACAGCAAGUCAGGCAGAACGGGGCCCACCAUGCUGCGGGCGGGCGCUGCAGGUGCACCCUACAGGCAAGCCAGGCGGGCUGAUGCUGAGCGGGCAGCUGAGCAGCCCAUGACGCCCCCUGCAGCUUCUCCCACCCAAGCCCAGACUCCAGAAGGUGGAGGCCCGAGGGUGGACUCUGAUUCCGUAUUGUCAAAAUCUUCUCAAUUGAAUAAAACCAGAAGUAUGAGAAGGCGAGAUUCCUAUCUGAAUUCCAAGACAAAGGUUAUGCCUACUCCUACAAGUCAGUUUAAAAUUCCCAGGUUUUCUGUUGGUGAAUCCCCGGACAGCGCGACGCCGAAGUUCUCACGGGCUCAACGGCCGCAGUCGUGCACAUCGCUUGGCAGGGUCAUCGUCCAUAGCACUCCUGCUAGACAUUCAUCAGAGCCGGCCGCACACAGCCUGCUGAGCAGCGCAGGGACACCCCUGAGUACGAGACGGGGGUCAGCGCUGCCCACGCCUGCCGGCCGGCGCCUCUCCAGCCUCCCACUGACGGCCCCUAAAACCAUGCCCAGGGCUGUGGCUUCUCCCCUGCCUGUGCCUGCUCGGCGACUGUCCUCUGAGCCCCGGAAAAAGUCUGUGGUGAGAACUGACCCAACAACGGAGAGCGACAGAGAGGUUGAUGCUAGUCAGGCAGACUUGUCACCUGAUGGAAGUUUUUCUCCUCCAUCCAGUGUCCCUCAGGCACUUAACUUUUCUCCAGAAAAAAGCGAUUUUACUUUUUCAAAAAGCAUCACUACAGAAGCAACUCGGGAUGAAGCAAAGCCAAGGGCAGCCCCGGCCCCGAGUGAGGUUCUUAUAGAGAUCAACCCCCUGACCACCACUCCCAUGGCUGAGCGCACACCCCUCCUUGACCUCCCUCUCAUCGACUUGGGCAGCACUCCCGAAGCAAGUGGGCCUGUGGGACCUGAAAGCAGACCUCUGAUCGACCUCAUGAUGAACACUCCAGAAAUGGGUAGAAACGUCUCGGCAAAACCUGUACAGGCAGCAGGGCAGCUCAUAGACCUGGGCUCGCCUCUGAUCCAGCUGAGUCCUGAGGCUGACAAGGAAAACGUGGAGUCGCCGCUCCUCAAGUUCUGAGUGGAACAAAACCCUUGCCUUUUCCUCUCUGUUAAAAGGACGUUAGUCUUAAAGUGGUUU